AUGGCUCAACAUGAAUGUGAAAUCAGCAAUGAACCGGCUAACUCAGAAGCCUUGUCUAUCGACCGGCAACUCUUAGCAACGGACCUCGCCCGUCUGACAGACUUAGCGAUUCUCAAUCAAUCUCUGAGCUUGAAGUCUGUCAUCUUGACGGCCUCUUCCUUCAGCCACCUCUUUCGGGUUGCACGUUCUCGACCCGAGUUGCAACAACUCAACCAAAUCGGAGUUGGUCUACAGGGAGCUGUCUUCGAGCAGUAUAAGAUCCACUGUGAUGUUUCAGCUGCAUUCGAACAUUACCAGUCUAUCCAUAGGGAAGUUCGAGUGCCGAAACCUUUCGAGUUUAUCUCCAGGAAUCAGAACAACACUUUCUGGGAUGAAAUCUUAACAAAAACCCCCCAGGGUUAUCGCAUGCGUGGCGACCUUGUGAUGAUGGAACGGAUUCUUCCAUUACCGAAAGUCGUGCGAAGGGCCUUGAUCUCUCAGUUUUGCGUUCCCGAACAUCGCGAUAGCACUGAAAUCGAAGCCAUCCUCAAUCAACCUGGUAACAAACACUGCCUCGCCCGUGUUUACCUCGGAAAGGCUAAUGGUAACAUUGUCCACGACCUCCCGCUGCGAAACUUCCCUCUGUACCUCGCACCGAUGGAGCGGGUUGGCAUCGACACUCUCCACCUCGCAAACGCGAUGGGUAAAGCCUACGCAACCUUGCACUGGGGCGCCGCCACCAACGGGGACGAUGUUGAGUUUGUGCUUGGAACAUCGGCCACAGCUGCGCAAGGAACAGACCACGCGCCAGACCUUCAGUACCGCGCCGUUCAGCUGUAUCUCUUGGAUUUUGGACAAUGCGAGGCGGUUGACUUGGCCCAGAAUCCGGAUGUUGUUUAUCAGGCUUUCAAAGGAGCCAUGGUGACGGGCGAUAAUCAAAGUUUUAUUCCGCAUUACUUGAAGAGCCCGGCACUGUUCGCGACAUUUCGACAAGGAUAUAUCGAAGCAGGCAAAAUGAUUUUAUCGGACAAGAAGUUGCAGAACAAGUUCAACAUGGAGGACUUUAUGCAGGAGUAUGAGGAGUAUGCCGAAGACUUCCUGUAA